AUGAUCCGGACGAAGGAGAUCCCCAACAGGGCGGAUCUGGUUGACUACGCCCAUGCUGUCGCUGGACAUGCGGGGACCCUUUGCGAUUCUGACGGGGAACUCUUCAUCAAGCCAUGCACACCGCAGGAGAUCAAGUUUUACGAAUCGGCGAACGAGAGCCAUCCCGAGUUUGCGGAGCUGAUGCCGCUCUUCAUGGGCACCCUGAUGCUCAAUGAUGCCACAGACAUGGACUCAAUCUCGGAGCAGAUACCCGUCGUGGCAGACCACAUUAGUCUGGAAGUGAAGGAGGCGGUCCUCAAGAUGGCGCAUAGCCUGCAACCGGAGCCUUCACAAAGCCCAACGCCAACACUGGCAGGAGCAUCACCGUCGGACAACAUCAAGUGGAUACCAAAUAUGACCAAGAAGAUUGCCACUGAUAAGGCGGUCGUUCUCGAGAAUGCCGCAUACGGGUACCGGCGGCCGAAUAUCAUGGACGUGAAGCUCGGUGUGCGCCUUUGGGCAGAUGAUGCGCCGCUCGAGAAGAAGCAACGCUUCGACAAGAUCAGUGCCGAGACUACUCAUGGGGAACUCGGCUUCCGGAUCGCCGGGAUGCGCGUGUACCGAGGCUGUGAAGGCGACGAACAACCCGACGAGGAGGGAUAUAAGAAAUACAGCAAGGACUUCGGCAGGGUGCACGUCAACGCCGGGAACGUCGUGGAUGUAUUCAAAAAGUUCGUAUUUAACGAACACGCCAAGAUCGACGAGGAGCUGGGAAAGGCGGUUGCGAACGCCUUCCUGGAGGACCUGAAGAGGGUCCAGCAGAUCCUCGAGAACGAGGAGAGCCGCAUGUUCUCGGCCAGCCUGCUCUUUGUGUUCGAAGGCGAUGGCGACGCCUUGCGUGCGGCGAUUGACGAGACCAGCGCGAGCGCGACCAUGUCCCAGGAGGGCAAGGACGAGGAUUCUGGCCGGUCUACCAUCCGGGUCGAUAGCGGCAUAGCUCUCGACGAGAGUGGGGAGCUCAUCCUUGCGGGCGAGGACGAGCUCUCAGACGACGAGAUCGAUGUUCCGCGGAUAUACUCGCUGAAGCUCAUCGACUUUGCGCACGCGCAGUGGACACCUGGGCAAGGCCCAGAUGAGAACAGCCUUGCGGGAGACGGCAGCCCUGGCAGGCAUGCCAGCGUCUCGUCGGGAAAAGAGAGAGUCAUGAUCAACGACAUUCAACGACAUGAAUUACAGCAGAAACCAUUACCAGGUUUUUGGCAGCAUCGUUGCUCUGCAUCCCCCAUAUUAUUCGAAGUUUCUAUACUCGGGACUGUGCUAUUCGUACGCAUCGAGGACAAUAUCACGUAUCCCCCUCCCGGCUCAAGGACUCGCACAAUAACGCUCAAGCCCCUCUGGGAGUGGCGCUUCGAGUCCCCCCAUCACCCGUCCGCGUCCUUCGCCUCCGCCGGCACCUCAACCUCCGCCGCCCUCACCGUCCGCCUCGUCUCGGGCACCGCCGAGCGCGACGGCACCGAGCUGGCCCUCAACGUCCCCUACACCCUCCAGGGGGCCAAGUCCAAGAUCCUGACCUGGAAGGGCUGCACCCUUGAGGUCUCGGGCGAGUGCGAGGACUACGUCGCCGAGCACGCCUCCCCCGACGAGUCCCCGCAGGUCAGCUACCUGAACCUGCACUUCGCCCUGCAGGGCCGGCGGCGAGCCGCCGCCGCCGCCGCAGCAGCAGCAGCCUCCGGCGCCGGCGCGACCCUGGGCCCCCGCGUCCUCGUGUGCGGCGGGCCCUGCAGCGGCAAGACCAGCCUCGCGCGCACGCUCGCGGCCCUGGCGACGCGGCAGGGAGGGCAGCCGAUCCUGGCGGGCGCGGACCCGCGCGAGGCCUUCUUCAGCCUCCCCGGGACGCUCGGGGCCGCGGCCGUGGGCACCGUUAUGGACGUCGAGGCGGCCGACGGCGGCGCCGGGGUCGGCGCCUCGCCCAGCAGCGGGCCCGGGCCCGUGCCCGUCAAGCUGCCGCUCGUGCACUACUUUGGCCGCGACAGGGUCGAGGAGGACCCGGAUGUCUGGAGGGCCCUGGUCGCCGCGCUGGGGGCCGCUGUGGGGGGUAGGCUCGCAGAGGAUGGGGCUGUGCGCGCCGCCGGGCUGGUUGUCGAUGCGCCUACCGUGGCGGCUGGCAAGAGUGGCGUCGACCUGCUUGCCCAUAUCGUGAGCGAGUUUGCUGUAAACAUCGUCGUGGUGCUUGGAUCCGCGCGCCUCAACGCUGAGCUCCAGCGCCGGCUCUCGCAGGAGCAGACGCGGUUCGGCGAGGCGAUCACCGUCCUGGCGCUGGACAAGUCCGAGGGCGUUGCCGAGCGCGACGAGGGCUUCAUGCAGCAGGUCCGCGAGGCGGCCAUCAAGGAGUACUUCUUCGGCGACGCGAAGCGGACCCUGAGCCCCUUCACGCAGCAGGUCGACUUUAGCACCGUAGCCAUCUACAAGAUUCCGGAUCCGUCCGAUUACCUCGCCGACGAGGAGGUCCUCGAGAAGGUCGACCCCAUCUCGGAGAUGUCGCACUGGACCCUAGCCGUCAUGAACGCGUCCCCGACCGACCCCAUCGAGACGAUACGCUACGCCACCGUCAUGGGCUUCGUCUACGUCUCCGAGGUCGACCAGGACAGGCAGCGGCUCAAGAUCCUCGCCCCCGUCAGCGGUCGGCUCGGAGACCGGCCUCUGAUCUGGGGCCGUUGGCCCGAGCCUUACAUCAAUUUGCUGGGCUAG